UCGCCAAUUGCCAGAAACGGCGUGAGGUGUCGGGGGACUGAAGUGGGGUCCCGAAGUGGGGUCCCAGCGGCGUCAUGCAGAGACGAUCAUUGUCUCUCUCACACUUUCUAACUAGCCAUUUCACAACAGCGAGGCGAGGAAUCGAGCCAGGCCAGAGAUAUCAGCAGUCCAUGUGGAGCAGCAGCGGUGUCCCGAGGGCUCUUCCUCUCAACAACAACGAGAACCAACUAAACUGAGUGCAGGAAUACAAGCGCAAAGAUGAGAACAACUGUUGGAGUUAAAUUCUAUUCAUAUUUUAUUAGACAUGUUCGUUAUAUCGGGUGACUGUUUAGUCAAAGGAAUGAGGCAGACGAAUUGCCUCCAAGUGUAGGAGAAUCAGUUAAUUGACCAGGUUCUCUAUCUCAACUACCAGCGAAUUAUUGUGUGAAAAAAAUUACUUUAAUCACACUCGUUAUCUGUUACACCAUCGAUGAAACCGUGCAUGGAAGGCGGCAUUUCCCACCAAUUUAAACAAUGUUAUACGUGCUACAUUUGGAUUAGCGUGCUGUACAACACCUAGCUACCGGUAUUUCGGGUGGAAUUUCGGAGUGGCUUCUUGCUCGCGCAUUUGCGCUUUCCUCGCGUUCCGCAGCUAAACUUGGAGAGCUCCAUGCAGUCGCGAAGGGAGAGGAGAGAAGUGCGACCCCGUGCUGGAUGGAUGGUUAUGGGGAAAGGAGCAGGAGGACCUUCGGCGCUUGAAGUCGGCAAGAUCCUUGUUGUGUUUCUUUGCCUGUUUCCUUCUGUGAGUCUGCAGUGUAAGAUCCUCAAGUGUAACUCAGAGUUUUGGGCCUCCACCUCAAGCUCCGGCCCGGAGGAGGAGUUCUGUACUGCGCUGCGGGCGUACAACAACUGUGUACGCCGCACUGCACGCACCUGCAGAGGCGACUUAGCCUACCACUCAGCCCAACAUGGCAUAGAGGAUCUCAUGAGCCAGAACAACUGCUCCAAGGAGGGGCCUACAACUCAGCCUCGAGCCCGGACCCCCGCUCCACCACCACAGCUCCAGCCUGACAGCCAGGAGCGCUCCGAUGGGCCGGAGCAGUGUCAUUACGAACGCAGCCUUCAUCGCCAAGCCUCACCACCCAACUAYACCCACUGUGGCUUCUUUGGAGACCCGCACCUCCGUACUUUCAGCGAUGACUUCCAGACCUGCAAGGUUGAGGGAGCCUGGCCCCUUAUCCAUAACAAAUACCUGUCUGUUCAGGUGACCAACACACCUGUCGUGCCUGGCUCCUCUGCUACGGCCACCAGCAAGUUGACAAUCAUCUUCAAGAACUUCCAGGAGUGUGUGGACCAGAAGAUGUAUCAUGCAGAGACAGACGAGCUGCCUGCAGCGUUCGCCGAUGGCGCCAAGAACGGCGGAGACCGCCACGGGGCCAACACGCUACGCAUCGUGGAGAAGGUGCCUGGGCAGCAGGUGGAGAUCCACGCACGCUACAUCGGUACAACCAUUGUGGUCCGGCAGGUGGGGCGAUACCUGACCUUUGCUGUGCGGAUGCCAGAGGAAGUAGUGAACUCUGUAGAAGACCGAGACAACCAGGACCUGUACCUCUGCCUGCACGGCUGCCCCGCCAACCAACGCAUCGACUUCAGGACAUUCAGGGCCCGUGCAGUGGAGGGCCACGGCCUGAGCAGGACUGGCAGCCCUCCCCAUGGGUUUACCUACAAGGCUGCCAUGGCUAAGUGUAAAGAGCGCCUCCCAGUGGAGGACCUGUACUUCCAGUCCUGUGUGUUCGACCUGCUUUCCUCUGGGGACGUCAACUUCACCAUGGCUGCCUACUAUGCCUUUGAGGAUGUGAAAAUGCUCCACUCCAACAAGGACAAAUACCACAUUUAUGAAAAGGAUGCAUUUGGGAGUAAUACGGCGCCAAGGGGAUCAGAUGUGUUCUCGCUAGUCCUCCUCAACUUUCUGGCUGUGUUGUUGUUCAUCUAUAGUCCCCUGCCAACAUCAUCCUCAUUAUGCUAGCUGUCAGUGGGUGUGAAACAGUGCUCUCAGAGCAGCCCAUGUGCAAUCAAACUCAUCCCAGCCAUGGUUUCAUCAUUGUUUUGUUGUUGUCAUCAUGUGUUGACUUCCAUCUGGUGGUGAGGUGAGCUCUAUGUGCUCCCACCUAUCAUUACAUUCAUUCUGCUGGUUUAAGGACUGGCCCUUUGAUGAAGGGUAGCGGUGGUGAGUGAGAAGAGCCCAGGAGCCCCAGUACUUUGGAUAUCAAGCUGGGAUUAAAUCCCACAUUUCCACUGGGACUGCAUGUGCCUAUGGGAAGUGAGAUGAGAUUAUCUCUUGCAGAAAGAAGAGUUUGCUGAUCUCCUCACGGGUUCCAAGCCAGUGGAGCUCUCUGUGGCUCAUGGGUGUGGGCUAGACGACAUGACAGGGGCUUUUGUUAACCGCUGGCCAGAASUAGCUCCCUGUUUGAUCUUCCAGCUUUGGAAAAGCUGUAGCUUUUUGGAGGAAGCUCUCAGCCAAAAGGAUGUCAGAGCAGCGAGUCUAGUUGUCUGCUGUGGAGAUUAAUAGGUCAUAACGCCAGGUCUUUUGUAACAUUGUGUGUUUGUUUGUCUGUUUGUUUGUCUGUGUGUGCGUUGCGCACCUCUGGUUAAUUGUGUGCUCCAGAAACGGUUGUGUGUGAGUGUUACUCAAAAGUGCAAGAAAUCUUUCCUUGGGAGAAAUAUUUCCUAAUGUUGUUAUAUUGCACCACAGGUUCCAAUAUAGACCCGUCAUGGUGGCCUAGAGUCAGUUGAAACUGCCUCUGCCUGCCAAGUGGUUACUUCUAAGUGAACUGGCAGACAGUAAAAAAAUAUUUUCACAACUUUUUACUUGUCAAUCAGUGUCAAAAAGACUUAGUUCAAAUAUUGCCGUUUUUAAAGUGUUAAGUAUGAUAAAUGUAUUUUUUGUAUCAGGUCUAAUUAGGAAUGGAGAUGUUAAUAAGGAAAAAGCCCGGAGCAAACUUUACCAAGGGCACACAAUGCAGAAACGCAGAUCACGUUUACACAGUAUCUCUCUUCAUUCAACCCAUCAACCAACCAACUUUCAUGUUCAAUUUCUACAGAUCAUUUGUGAAUGAUUUGUCUUGUCUAGGCAGUCAACAAUUCCCCGCAGAUGUAUGUAUAUUGGCAAUGUGAUGGGUUUGAGAAAGGUAUAGUCACACUAGGUUAAAAUAAAAUGUUUUCCCACC